GUUACGCUAGGUCAAAUUAUACAAAAAUUCGACCAAGCAAAACUGUGUGCCGCUGCGGUAACGCAUCGAGCUAGUUGCUUCCUGAUUAAUGACCCUCUCAUUACCGAUAAUCGAAUCCCCAAACGCCAGCCGAUGCGCCGCAGCCUAGUGAUGGCUGCAAACAUCGCCACCACUGCAGCGGUGCGGCCGACCGUCAUUUUUUUACACGGCUCCGGCGACACGGGUCGCGGUGUCGAGGGCUGGCUGCGGUCCCUGGCUCCACCGGACGCGCUGGCAGCCAUUGAUUGGGAGUUUCCGACGGCCGAACCCAUUCCGUAUGCGCUCGCGGGCGGCCAAGUCGCUAGUGUAUGGUACGACCGCGUCGGCGGGUUCGAGCCGCAUCAUCCCGAGCAGACCGACAGCGUUGAGCGGAGUGCGUCUCGCAUUCUCGCGCUCAUUGAUGCCGCUGUCAAACGUGGCGUUCCCCCCUCAAAAAUCGCGGUCGGCGGCUUUUCCAUGGGUGGAAAUUUAGCAUAUCAGACCGCGGCUCGCUACCACGCGGUCGCCGGCCGGGAGCCGCUCGGCGCCGUCGUCGGCCUGUCGUGCUACUCUGCAAAGGACUCGCGGGCCCACGCGCUACUCAAGGGCACGGGCGACCGCUGGCCCGAGACCUACGUCGCCCACGGCUCAGGCGACGACUUCAUUCUGCCAGCCUGGGGCUCGGCGACCUACGAGGCCCUGAGCGCGGCCGGCGUCGACGCGUCCUUCCGCCACUUCUCCGGGGCCCACGAGAUGACGGCUCCGGAGAUCGCGGACGUGCUGGCGUUUUUGCGGCGGCGGCUGCUCGAUGAGACUUGUGCGUAAGGUUGUGAUGAAUAC